GAUUUUAGAUAAUGGGCUGUGUGCAAUGUAAGGAUAAAGAAGCAACAAAACUGACAGACGAGAGGGAUGGCAGUUUAACUCAAAGCUCAGGCUACCGCUAUGGGACAGACCCCACUCCGCAGCACUAUCCUAGCUUUGGUGUGACUUCAAUCCCAAACUACAACAACUUCCACGCCACGGGAGGCCAAGGACUGACUGUGUUUGGUGGAGUCAAUUCCUCCUCUCAUACAGGGACGCUGCGUACAAGAGGAGGAACAGGUGUAACUCUUUUUGUGGCGCUUUAUGACUAUGAAGCAAGAACAGAAGAUGACUUGAGUUUUCACAAAGGAGAAAAAUUUCAAAUACUUAACAGCUCGGAAGGAGACUGGUGGGAGGCCCGCUCCUUGACAACAGGCGAAACUGGUUACAUUCCCAGUAAUUAUGUGGCUCCAGUCGAUUCCAUCCAAGCAGAGGAGUGGUACUUUGGCAAACUUGGCCGAAAAGAUGCUGAGAGGCAGCUGUUGUCAUUUGGAAACCCCAGAGGUACCUUCCUGAUCCGGGAAAGCGAAACUACCAAAGGUGCCUAUUCCCUGUCUAUUCGUGACUGGGAUGAUAUGAAGGGAGAUCAUGUCAAACAUUAUAAGAUUCGCAAACUUGACAAUGGUGGAUAUUAUAUCACAACUCGGGCACAAUUUGAAACUCUUCAGCAGCUGGUUCAGCAUUAUUCAGAGAAAGCUGAUGGUUUGUGUUUUAACUUAACUGUGAUUGCUACGAAUAAUACCCCACAAACUGUUGGAUUGGCUAAAGAUGCAUGGGAAGUUGCACGUGAUUCAUUAUUUCUGGAACAGAAGCUUGGUCAGGGGUGUUUCGCUGAAGUGUGGCGUGGUACGUGGAAUGGAAAUACUAAAGUGGCUAUCAAGACCUUGAAGCCUGGCACUAUGUCUCCAGAAUCCUUCUUAGAGGAAGCCCAAAUCAUGAAGAAGCUAAAACAUGACAAACUGGUCCAACUUUAUGCUGUGGUAUCUGAAGAACCUAUCUAUAUUGUCACGGAGUACAUGAGCAAAGGGAGUUUGCUAGAUUUCUUAAAAGACGGAGAAGGAAGAGCUCUGAAGUUACCGAAUUUGGUGGACAUGGCAGCCCAGGUGGCUGCAGGAAUGGCGUACAUCGAGCGAAUGAAUUACAUACACAGAGAUCUGCGGUCUGCAAACAUUCUGGUGGGGAAUGGCCUCAUAUGCAAGAUUGCCGACUUUGGAUUGGCAAGACUGAUUGAAGACAAUGAAUAUACGGCCAGACAAGGUGCAAAGUUUCCCAUUAAAUGGACUGCGCCAGAAGCGGCAUUGUAUGGAAGGUUCACAAUAAAGUCGGAUGUGUGGUCUUUUGGGAUCCUACUGACAGAGCUGGUAACAAAAGGGAGAGUGCCAUACCCAGGCAUGAAUAACCGUGAAGUCUUGGAGCAAGUAGAACGUGGUUAUCGGAUGCCGUGUCCCCAGGACUGUCCCAUCUCCUUGCACGAGCUUAUGAUCCACUGCUGGAAAAAAGACCCAGAGGAGCGUCCAACUUUCGAAUAUUUGCAGGGUUUCCUUGAAGACUACUUCACCGCAACAGAACCCCAGUACCAGCCCGGUGACAACCUGUAAAUCCCUGGUCUCCAGACACAGUCAUGAAUUACCGGGUGUUUCUCGGCCCUGCCCCACCUGUCCUUCAGCUUCCAACUCCGUGAUCGGCUUCUCCAGAGUGCAGCAUCUUCCAGCACCACCGUGCGCAGGAGGGGCUGAAGCUGGGAACUUCCGCAGCCCUUGCCUACAACCACUUGUCCUAAUAAUCUGAAUGUCCUGGAUGAAAGGGAGAAAGACUCCAAAACUUCAUUGUAUUGAUGUUACGUAAACUGCGAAACCUCUGUUCAUUGUAAAUAGUAACUCAGUGCCAAUAACUGAUCCUAGCGCUUUCCUUUUUUUAAAACGCAAAACCUGUGUGAUUUUAACUAGUCUUCUCCUGAUUCAACUAAAAGUAUUAUUUUCCAGAAGUGGCCUCUUUGUCUAAAACAU